GGGUCGGCGGCGCCGCGGGAUGACGUCAGAGAACGAGCGCCGCCUGGUCGAGCCGUCCGUUCCCGGGGAGUUGGCAUCCCUCCGGCGUGCUAGGGGAAAAAUCAAAUACUAGUAGGGGGAUGUCUCUACGCUGCGGGGGCGCAGCCCGCAGGCUGGGGCCCCGGGUAUUUGGGAGAUAUUUAUGCAGUCCAGUCAAAUCACUAAGUUCCCUGCCAGAUGAGAAAAAGGAAUCUUUACAUAAUGGACCAGACCUUCAAGAUUUCAUAUCUGGGGACCUUGCGGACAAGAGCACCUGGAAUGAAUAUAAAGGAAAUUUAAAACGCCAGAAAGGAGAAAGGCUAAGACUCCCCCCAUGGCUAAAGACAGAGAUUCCCAUUGGGAAAAAUUACAAUAAACUGAAAAAUACACUGCGGAACUUAAAUCUCCACACAGUGUGCGAGGAGGCCCGCUGUCCCAACAUCGGAGAGUGCUGGGGAGGGGGCGAGUAUGCCACUGCCACCGCCACGAUCAUGUUGAUGGGGGACACGUGUACGAGGGGUUGCAGGUUCUGUUCUGUGAAGACAGCAAAAGCCCCGCCACCCCUGGACCCCAAAGAGCCCUACAACACCGCCGAGGCCAUCGCCGCGUGGGGUCUGGAUUACGUGGUCCUCACAUCCGUGGACCGAGACGAUCUGCCCGAUGGAGGAGCCGAGCACUUUGCAAAGACCGUGUCAUUCCUGAAAGAGAGGAACCCAAAGAUUCUUGUGGAAUGCCUCACCCCUGAUUUCCGAGGAGAUCUCACAGCAGUAGGAAAAGUUGCUCUGUCAGGAUUAGAUGUGUAUGCACAUAAUGUAGAAACGGUUCCAGAAUUACAGAGGAAAGUUCGCGAUCCCCGGGCCAAUUUCGACCAGUCUCUCCGUGUCCUGAAACAUGCCAAGGAGGUCCGACCCGACGUUAUUUCUAAAACGUCUAUAAUGCUGGGUUUAGGCGAGAGCGAUGAGCAAGUCUAUGCGACGAUGAAAGCCCUUCGUGAGGCAGAUGUGGAUUGUUUGACCUUGGGACAAUAUAUGCAGCCAACAAAGCGCCACCUUAAGGUUGAAGAAUACAUUACUCCUGAAAAGUUCAAAUACUGGGAAAAAGUAGGAAAUGAACUUGGAUUUCAUUACACUGCCAGUGGCCCUCUGGUGCGCUCUUCAUACAAAGCAGGUGAGUUUUUCCUGAAAAAUCUAGUGGCUAAAAGAAAAACAAAAGCUCUCUAAUGCACACAGCCUCCCAGGACACAGAGCCUCUUCUGAGCUGAUCCCAGUCAGCAGUGCAGGGCUUGCAGAAGGCCUCAGCUUCAGCGAUGAGCCCCGGCUGCCUGCUCUUAGAACAGUGUCCAUGUACCGUCGUGAGAAAAGGUCACUCAGCUUCUACCUUCUUGAUCCCACUAAGCAAUCGCUUGCUAUGAUGUAAUCAUAAUGUGAUAUGAGAGUUUGCUGUUAAUUUAAAAAUACAUUUAAAAACUGUGAUUAACAGUAUUGUAAACACUGGCACCUUAAU